CGUAUUCCGAUCUCGUUUGCUCGGCUACUCACAACGGUGCGAUGCCUCCCCAGCCCAGCGGUAAGGCCGUGAAGAAGGCCGGCAAGGCGCAGAAGAACGUGCGCGCCACCGACAAGAAGAAGAAGAAGCGCCGCAGGAAGGAGAGCUUCUCCAUCUAUACCUACAAGGUGCUCAAGCAGGUGCACCCGGACACUGGAGUCUCCAGCAAGGCCAUGUCUAUCAUGACCAGUUUCGUGAACGACAUCUUCGAGCGUAUCGCCGCGGAGUCGUCCCGUCUGGCUCACUACAACAAGCGCUCGACCAUCACGAGCCGGGAGAUCCAGACUGCCGUGCGUCUGCUGUUGCCCGGCGAGCUGGCAGUGGGGGCCAAAAAAUACGCCGUGUCCGAGCGCACCAAAGCCGUCACCAAGUACACCAGCUCCAAGUAGGCGACCGAGCGCUCGUCCGCCCAGCCCACACCCAACGGCUCUUCUCAGAGCCACCCAAAGUGUCUGCAUUGGCAUUGGGAUGUAGUGAGAAUCUCGACAAUUCCGUCCGUUCCCUCUGUUCGACGCUUCCUCGUUUAGAAAGAAACAAGAAAAAAAAACCCGACGCGCGCUGUCGGACAACGCGUUCUCAUUGCGACAGCGCGUGUGUGCUAAAAGUUUUGUAGCAGAAACACACAGAACGCCAUGCGCUCAGCACAACACAAACAAAGCAAGUAUAGGGCGCGUGAGCCGACUCCGCGCGAGCGGCCACGUUCGCCUGCACUAAUUACCACGGCGCGUGUUUCGCACACCUAGGCUGAUGAGGCGGUCGUUCUUGCACAUUUACGUAAUUCUGAUGUAGCGUAAGCUUUAAAAGCAGGCAGCCCUCAUCCCCCCCUUGUUUUUUUCACAUUUUAUUUCUUCUUUUUUCGGUCGACGCGCAUUUACGGGUCCCGAGGUGUGCCUCUAUGGCUGCUAGAACUAAUGUCGUCGGUCGCUGCGUGUGCUAGAAUGCCCACUCGGCGGCCGCCCGCACGUAUAGAGCAGUGCUCCGGACUGAAAUUUAGAGCCGCGUGCUGUCAGCGCCGCAUCGCUGUAGCAGUGGCUGGCGAGCGGAAAUGCGUUAGCACGUUCACGAAGCAGCAGUGCGUAAGGGAAAUUUUACGCUGUUAUUACAAAUCUAGUAGUAAUUUGAAGUGGAAAAAGAAGAGAUGCGCGCGGCUCUCCGCAUACUGCAUAGCAGUUUCGCGCGCGUCCUGCGUAGCUGCCUUCGUACGGGCUGGGGGCGAUGGGAGAGGGAGGAGGUCGGAGCGCCGCCAGCAGUGCCCUCGCUCUCUUCCGUCCCCUAGAAUGCUGAAUUUGGCUCGCGCGCGCGUCUUAGGCUGAUUUCGCUGACGCUAUCUACGAGGCUACGUAAGCUAUCGCGACGAAAUUUGACGGUCGUGUGGGCACCAGUCAGCGGUGCCUGCGUGCGAAAUUUCAAACGCCUGAGGCGAACGGAGCAUGAGCGCGCCCUGUUUUGCGACUAGUGAUCAAGCGAACGAUGUUGGCGUGGCUGAGUUUGAAGUUGUGCGCGCGGUGUGCUUUGCGGCAAUGACCAGGGUGCACUUGCAAGCGUAGCCGAGCUAACGGUGAAUAGAACGAGUAAUCACAAUUAUGAGAACACAAUAAACUUGUUCCUGGGGCGCGACACGAGCAGUGAGUGCGUGCAACAUACCACAAUAACAUUGUUGACACGUUUGUUUUUCUCUUGGCGAGUUGAGCAAAAUAAGAAGGGAGGCGGGUUGAACAUCAGCCUACGUUGCAGUGUGAAAUGCCCAAAAAGA